AUGGCCAACGCUCCCCAUGGUGGUGUCCUCAAGGACCUGAUCGCCCGCGAUGCUCCCCGUCAGGACCAGCUCAUUGCUGAAGCUGAGACCCUCCCCGCUGUCGUGCUCACCGAGCGUCAGCUGUGUGAUUUGGAGCUGAUUAUGAACGGCGGUUUCUCUCCUCUGGAGGGAUUCAUGAACCAGACCGACUAUAACGGUGUUUGUGAGGACUGCCGUCUUGCUGAUGGCAAUGUCUUCUCCAUGCCUAUUACCCUCGAUGUUAGCAAGCAGGUGAUCGACGAGAACAAGCUCCAGUCUGGUGCUCGGAUCACUCUGCGUGACUUCCGUGAUGACCGCAACUUGGCCAUUCUGACCAUUGAUGACAUCUACCAGCCCGAUAAGACUAAGGAGGGUAAGCUGGUCUUCGGUGGUGACCCUGAGCACCCGGCCAUCAAGUACCUGAACGAGACCGCUCAAGAGUUCUAUAUCGGUGGCAAGAUUGAAGCUGUCAACAAGCUGAACCACUAUGAUUAUGCCGCUCUGCGCUAUACUCCUGCCGAACUCCGCGUUCACUUCGACAAGCUGGGCUGGUCCCGUGUCGUUGCUUUCCAGACCCGUAAUCCCAUGCAUCGCGCUCACCGUGAGCUGACUGUUCGUGCCGCUCGCUCGCGCCAGGCCAACGUCUUAAUCCACCCUGUUGUCGGUCUGACCAAGCCCGGUGACAUUGAUCACUUUACCCGUGUCCGUGCCUACGAGGCCCUCCUGCCCCGCUACCCCAACGGUAUGGCCGUCCUGGGUCUUCUCGGCCUGGCUAUGCGUAUGGGUGGUCCCCGCGAGGCCAUCUGGCACGCUAUCAUCCGUAAGAACCAUGGUGCCACCCACUUCAUUGUCGGCCGCGACCAUGCCGGUCCUGGUUCCAACUCCAAGGGCGAGGACUUCUACGGGCCUUACGAUGCCCAACAUGCCGUCGAGAAGUACAAGGACGAGCUGGGUAUUGAGGUUGUUGAGUUCCAGAUGGUCACCUACCUGCCUGAUACCGAUGAGUACCGUCCCGUCGAUCAGGUUCCCCAGGGUGUCAAGACUCUGAACAUCUCCGGUACUGAGCUUCGCCGCCGCCUGCGCUCUGGUGCUCAUAUCCCCGAGUGGUUCUCUUACCCCGAGGUGGUCAAGAUCCUCCGCGAGUCCAACCCCCCUCGCGCCAGCCAAGGUUUCACUAUCUUCCUGACUGGUUACAUGAACUCUGGCAAGGAUGCCAUUGCUCGUGCUCUGCAAGUCACUUUGAACCAGCAGGGUGGACGCUCCGUUUCCUUGUUGUUGGGUGACACUGUCCGCCACGAGCUGUCGGCUGAGCUUGGCUUCACUGCCGAGGAUCGCCACACUAACAUCCAGCGUAUUGCCUUCGUUGCAUCUGAGCUGACUCGCGCUGGCGCCGCUGUCAUCGCUGCCCCGAUCGCUCCUUACGAGCGCUCUCGCAAGUAUGCCAAGGAUACCGUUUCCCAGGCCGGUUCCUUCUUCCUGGUUCACGUCGAUACACCCCUUGAGCACUGCGAAAAGACCGACAAGCGUGGCAUUUACGCUCGUGCUCGUCGUGGUGAAAUCAAGGGCUUCACUGGUGUUGAUGAUCCUUAUGAGGCUCCCACCAACGCUAACCUCACUGUCGACACCUCCAAGCAGACUGUCCGCAGUAUCGUGCAUGAGAUUAUUCUCAUGCUGGAGACUGAGGGCUACUUUGAACGCUCGCAGUAA